AUGAACACAAGCCCGGGUUUGAUUUUCCUCUUCCUACUCGCCACUUUCACUGCCGUUACUGCCAGCCUAGCUUCGGACACUACGAAUGGUGCCUCUCUCGCAGCCACGUCUACCUUGGAAGCACCCCCAAAUGCGACUCCCACCCCAACUCCCGACGUGGCCGAGAGGUGCCACGAUCAACGUGCCUCAUCUAUUCGAGCUAUCCGAAUGAUUCUUAUUCUCGCCGUGGUCUCAGCCCUUCACAUGCCCGGGUCUCUAGUCUACCAGAAGCGGUCUCGGUUCUAUAGACUGGCACCAGAAAUUGGCCUGCUUGACCUCAUUCCCACUCUCAUUGCACUCACUCAAAGCGCCAUAAUACAUAAAAGGUCACCGAGGGAAGCAGUUACGGCGGUACUCAUAUGCCGUCACUGCACUUCCAAGGAGAAUCCAUGGUGGGAGAAGCCUGAAUACAGGGACAAUGACGGGGCUACCCCAACAGGCACAUCUGGUGGCAGUCAGUCUUUGCAGGAGGUUCUAAAUCGCUUGCAAGCUUUUGGGUCAGCUCGAGUUCUGUAUGUCGCACUGGCCGUUACAACAAUUGCGGAAGCCUUUACCACCAAAGCAUCACUGGACCUUACCCUGCUCGUGGUAUUAUACGCGAUUCCGCUCUUCACGCUGGAGCUCAUCUCCCUUGCGGCACUGCGCUUGAAUCCUCCGCGUUCGAUCUUGGAAACAAGCCAGGAAAUAAUGUCUUACGCCAAAUUGAUUGAUGAGAUUCAACAACCGAUACCCGCCGUGGACCAGGGACUUGUCAGGCAGCGACUCUAUCGCGCCAUCUAUGUCGUGUUUUUCGUCGUACUAGGAAUACCUGCAGCCCUCAGCUUGUUCUACCCUUUCUCCGUCCCCGGAUUCAUCUUCUUGACGUUUUCAGAGUGGCACAGCACCAAUGGAAAAUGGUACAUUUCAUGGCUGACUUGGGUGGGAUGGUUGGCCCACAACACCUCAUGGCUCAUGGCCACCACCAUAGGGACUUUUGCCAUCGCAGCCACGAGCAACCCUUUCCGAGAGUCAUCAGAGACGCGAGCUUUAUGCCAUGUCAUAGUGUCAUUAGUUGCGCUCUGCCAAACAAUUAACUUGGUUCCUGGGCAACUCAAGGGCAAAUCAAUUCUCUGGGGCUUUUUCCUCAUCUCUCUUCUUCCGUACCUUUCCAAUGUUUGGGCAAUUCGAAAUGCACAGCCCUCUUCACUGAAUAGCUCCGGGGGAUCACCGAUGCACCCAGUUGAAGCCUUGGUUCGUCACGCAACUGAUAGCUUCGAACAUCUGCUCCGAAACCAAUCGAAAAGCUAUGAAGCCGCCAGCGAUGAAUAUCGACGACGAUACCGCCAAGAGCCGCCACCAGGCUUCGAAGCCUGGUUCAAGUUUGCAGAGUCAAAUCAAUCACCCAUUAUUGAUGAAUACGACAUGAUCUACGAUAUCGUCUCUCCGUUUUGGAAACUGAGCGGUCAGGAGGUUCUCAAUGUGAUGGCAAAGAUGAAGGGAACACCACGGAGCGAAGUUUGGCUCUGCGAUUUCUCAGGAAAAGAAGCUAAGACCAAGUGCCAACAUCCUUACCGGAAUUUCGAUAGACACUACAGUCUUCUGUUCGACACCCUCUUGGGGGAGCUACCCGGAGAGCUUCCAGACGUCAAGUUUCUAAUCAACCACUUUGACGAACCGAGGGUUCUGAUCCCCCCCAACCCAACAGCAAAGUUUAGUUUGACCGACAUGUCGAAGAGGACGACCUGGGAAAGGCUCAGCAUUUCUUGUGUUCAUUCACAGAGAAAAACCGGCAGCUCUUACCCCGAGCCUGCGGUAGAAACAUUCAACAUGCCGUUCGUCAAAAACCACUUCUCGGCGAAGGACCUAUGCCAACACCCCGAGUACAAAAACAUACACGGCUUUCUCAUGAGCCCUAAAACCUUUCACCUCGUUGAGGGAUUGGUGCCGAUAUUGUCGACAGGUGCACCUUCAACAAUGGGUGACAUUCUCUUCCCAAGCCCAGCAUACAUCGAAAAAGAGUUUCAAUACGACAUCUUGACCGAUGUAAAAUGGGAGAGUAAAUGGAACAACUUGUACUGGGCUGGCUCAACAACAGGCGGAUUUGUCUUCGAUGACCAAUGGCGACACCACCAGCGACAGAGAUUUGUGGCCUUGGCUCAGAACCUGGAGCAGAAGCCGCAUUCUUAUCUAAGACAAAAGAACGGCAUGCUUGGACGUGUGUACUCGACUUUCCUCAACAGUCGGUUAUUUAACGUUGCCUUCACUAGGAUUUUCCAAUGUGAAAGACAGUACUGCAGAGAUCAGAGCACCUACUUCAACACCAAGUCUUGGGCAGACAAGGAUGAGGCGCUCAGAUCACGGCUCGUAUUCGACACGGACGGAAACGGAAUAAGCGGGCGUUACUACAAGCUUCUGGCAUCAAACUCAGUACCGUUAAAGCAGACAAUCUUCCGAGAAUGGCACGACGAGCGCUUGAUGCCCUGGGUUCACUACGUGCCCGUCAGUCAAAGUCUCGAGGAGCUUCCUGAGCUUGUCUCCUAUCUCACUUCAACGGAAGCGGGACAAAGAAUAGCCAAGGAUAUUGCUGAGCAGGGUAGAGACUGGUUUUCAAGGUCUCUGAGGCAGGUCGACAUGACUGUUUAUACCUACAGGUUACUGUUGGAACUAGCCAGGUUGCAGGAUCCGAAAAGACUGGCGAGUUAA